CUCCCCGACGGCGCCGGGCGAGGAGGGUGGUACAGCGACUCCUCGCCUUUCCCUCGGACCCCGCUCUACCUGCUGCCCCCCGGCAUGGCGCUGGCCCUGGCCGGCGAGCCGGGCCCCGCCACGGACGCCACGGACGCGCUCGGGCUGAGCCCCGCCGGGCUCGCCGCCUACUACCCGCCCUUCCUGCCCCCGGCGCAGUACUUGGAGGCGCCCCCCGACUUCUUCCAGCCCCUGGGCCGCCUGCUGCCCCCCUCCCCGCCGCUGCCCCCCUUCGGCAUCCCCGCGUUCCUCAGCCUCCCGCCGCCCCCCUCGGCCCCGCCGCCGCUCGCCCAGGCUCCGGCGGACGCCCCGCAGCGGGCGGCCCGGCCCGGGGGAGGCUGCGAGACGGCGGGGCAGAGCCGCAGGUUCCACUUCAGCGAGGAGGAGCUGAACGCGGUGCUGUACGGGGCGCUUCGUAGCCCUCAGCUGCCCGGCGGGCUGCACGCCAUCUCGGGGCUCCGCGUGCCCCCCGCCAGCCCGGGUAGGGGGACGGGGAAUCCGGGGCGGGGGGGGAGGGGGAUCGGGGGCCGUCCCCACGGCCCCUCCGAGCCGCUGACGAGGGUCCCUCUCCGCAGGUGCCGCUCGCUCCCCACCGGCUCCGCCGCCCGACGGGGACGCGCUGCAGCUGCCCGAAGGUAUGGGCCGGGGCACCGCCCGCCCCCGCGCCCCGCUCCCUGCCUCCGGCCGCGCUCAGCCCGCGCUGUCCCCGCAGGGCUGGCCGUGCUGCGCGUGGCCUACGGGGACGUUUGGCACCUCGGGGUGUUCUGCACCGCCCCCAUCCCCAAAGGAGUCCGCUUCGGCCCGUUCCAAGGCAAAGUGGUCAACACCACCGAGAUCAAGACUUACGACGACAACUCGCUGAUGUGGGAGGUCUUCGAAUACGGGCAGCUGAGCCACUUCAUCGACGGGAAGGGCACAGCCGGCAACUGGAUGUCUCUGGUGAACUGCGCCCGCUUCCCCGAGGAGCAGAACCUGACGGCGCUGCAGUGCCAGGGGCAGAUCUUUUACGAGAGCUGCCGGGAGAUCGCGCCCAAGGAGGAGCUGCUGGUGUGGUACGGGGACUGCUACGUGCAGUUCCUGGGCAUCCCCAUCUGCCUGAAGGGCAUGCCGGAGGCGGGGCGGCCCCCGCAGCACCCCGAAGGCGCCGGGGAGAGCUUCAAGUGCGAGCGCUGCGGGAAGGUGUUCGCCUACCGCUACUACCGCGACAAACACCUCAAGUACACGCGCUGCGUGGACCGGGGCGACAGGAAAUUCCCCUGCCACCUCUGCAGCCGCUCCUUCGAGAAGAGGGACCGGCUGCGCAUCCACGUGCUGCACGUCCACGAGAAGCACAGACCCCACAAGUGCUCGGUGUGCGGGAAGAGCUUCUCGCAGUCCUCCAGCCUGAACAAACACAUGCGGGUUCACUCCGGGGAGCGCCCCUACAAAUGCGUCUACUGCAAUAAGGCGUUCACAGCCUCCAGCAUCCUGCGCACGCACAUCCGCCAGCACUCGGGAGAGAAGCCCUUCAAGUGCAAGCACUGCGGCAAAGCCUUCGCCUCGCACGCGGCACACGACAGCCACAUGCGGCGCACGCACAGCAAGGACAAGGGCAGCACCUGUGCAGUGUGUGGCCAGCACUUCCCAGAGCUGGAGGACUACCGCUUCCACAUGAACGUCCACGCUGCUGCUCAUUAGCCAGGAGUCUCCUCUCCUGGACCAGCUCUGUGGGUGUAUCUGUGUACGUGUGUGUAUGUUGGUUGUGUGCAUGCCGCAGGAAGCAUUGACUCUCAUGGUAUGGGUCACAGGAGUGCAGUCUCAAAUACCUUUCAGCGUGCAGACGGCUGGUUUACAGCACGCUGACUUUGUGCUGGGGUGAGCUCUGACAUGUGCUGACCCUCCUUCCUCUUCCUCUCCAUACUCCCUCAUUUUCAGGAGCGUCCCUUCCCCAAAAGCCUCUUAUGUGUGAGUUGCACUGUAAUGGAUAUUACCCGGCCUCUAAUUCACUGCAGCUGUGGGCUGCCUGGUGCUGUCCAUGCCAAAGCUUGUUUGAGAGGUGUUCCUAGUAAGUAUGUAUACCAAAGACAGCUUAACCUAUUUGUUUUAUUUAGGCACAUGACCAGGUGUGGGUUCUAUCUCCUUGGAGUGUGCAAGUCUUUUAAUGAAUCCCUAUUGAUAAGAGAAUGCUGCUGGAGCAGCAUAAGAGUAUUUAAUUGUGGCUUCAGGGCCAGCUGAGCUGACCAUGGGAGCUCUGGGGCAGUGACACCGACUCUUCCUUAGCCCAGGAGAGAGGUGGGGUGUAUGCAAAUGGCUGCAGGUGUAUGAAAUGGUUCCAGCAGCACUGUGGGGUGGUGGCUCUGCCUUCUCUGUCUCUGCAGAAGACCAAGCUUGAAGUGGUUCCGGAACACCGACAGCUCUCCCAGGUGGGCCGUGGGCACUCUAGCAUUCUGUAGCAGCUUUGCACUGGGCUUGACACAGGCUAGGGGUAGGCAUGAUUCCACCCCUAGGCUCCUCUGUAUCAAGGCAUAAAGGCUUUUAGUCAACUCUUAUACCUCACUUAAGGAAAGGGGGAAAGCCUUUUACCCAUCUUCACUUUAAGAUGAGAUGUGUAUGACAGACAGUCUUGGGGCUUCUCAAUCCACAAAUCUCUCUGCAUGUGACAUUGCCUCCCCAAGCCAUGGGAAUGCCUUUACUUUGCAGGAGGGCUGGAGAGUUUUAGCCCUGCAUUUCUCGCUGACAAUGCAAACAAAUUCAGAGUGAUGUGUAGGCUUUCUGUUGAUUUCUUUUCAGCAAAAAGGAAAAGGUUUGCUCAUAAAAAUGCCUUUUGUUUUCUAUAGGAAAAGCUGCCCAUUUAGCUAUGGGUGAAGAAUUAGUUUGCUAAAACUGGGUUUGCUUUUUUGUGCUCUGACUUAAGAGUAACCUCAUGCAUCCUGCCUUUCAGUACCUACAAACCACCCCAGGUGAAGCAUUCUCAAGUGUAUAUUAUUCAAUGGCUAAAAUACUUUCAGCAUAAAAUCCUUAGUGAUACUUUUUGCAAAAUAUUCCCCAAAUCGGUAACUGUGGCAUUCCCUGGCAAUGUGAAAUCUCAGCUUACGUGGAGGUCUGCACUGACAGAGCCCUCCAUCUGUCAGUGCUGGGAAGGGGCUGUUUCCUCAGGAGGCUCCUGUGUCGGUGCAGAUAUGUGUGCUGUGUUGCACACAGGAGACAAUAGCAGCCCUUGCUGGAGCUGAUUCUUCAAUGCAGGUAAUUUGGUGUUAUUGGGGUGAUAAGGUUCUCUUAACAUCCUAGGUCACCUAGGAUUAACAAGGACUUUUUGAGCUCAAGUACAGAAACUGAAUGUGUAUUCUGUGCCCAACAACUUGAAUCUCUCUUUAAAUACAGUAUAAAACUAGGAAAAAAAAAAGUUACUUGCACAUUCUGUCUUGCAGAUACUGUAUAUGUACUGACUUGCACUAACUUUUAUAUGGCUUAUUGUAUUUUAAGUUGUGUUGUCCUCAUUUUCAUGGUGAAAAUUGAAAAUAAUAAUAAUAAUAAUAAUAAACUAUAGAAAAGUAUUGAGGCCCAGCACUGGGCAGUAUCUGAAAUAAGCAAUCCAUAAAUGAAUGCAGCUGAGGGCACUGAGCCUUAGUUAUGGCAGCCUGCCUACAUACAGGUGUUUACUCCCAUGCAUCUACAACCCUGGGUGACUGAAACAUGAAUUGUGCAUGGGAAGGCUUUGUUGGUUUGGUCCCAUAAAGAACUCCAGAUUUGUUGAAAUCAUCAGCUGCUACUGAAGGAAACUGUGACUCAGACUGGA